AUGUCGCCCGAGGACAGGAUAGCCAGGUCGAAAUCAAGUGAAGAGGUGGGCAGUGACAACAACCCCCCACCUGUACUCAUGCCAGAGUCGAAUAUGCCCAUUAUAUCUGAACCUGAGGCUCUGUUAGACGAGGAGAACGAGGUCGCUCAAGGCCUGAUUGAAGAACCGUCUUCCCGUCAUGUUGAUGCAAGGACCAGUCUCCUCGGCAACUACCAUCACAACCGGGUCUGCGGGCUAAAGGAUUGCGAUCAUGGCACGUUUUCGCCUAGAGCCCCUUCCGUCCGGAGCGAGAGGAGCAGUAUCGAUACCCCUCGUAUAGCCUUCGGAGGCCCUUAUCCGGGGGCCAUUGGUGAAGAUGGCGGUCCAACAGAUCCAGCUCGUGCCAUCCUGGGUGACUCCGUGACCGACUCUUUCUUCCGCAACAAAAGGAUCAGCACUACAAAAUGGCUCGCUCAAAAGCACGGGAUCAAGAGCCCGACCUUCAUGUACAUUUCCUACUAUUUCCCCUUCAUCCGAUGGAUAGGUCAGUACCAGUGGCAAUGGUUGCGUGGUGACCUGAUAGCUGCUAUUACUAUGGCAUCAUUUUACAUUCCCAUGUCUUUAUCAUACUCCUCAAACUUAGCACACAUACCUCCCAUCAAUGGGCUGUACUCCUUCGUGUUCAAUCCUCUGAUCUACGCCUUUCUCGGAACCUGCCCACAGAUGGUGGUCGGCCCUGAAGCGGCCGGAUCUUUGCUGGUGGGCCAGGUGGUGAAGACUUGCAUCGACCAGGGGAAGUCGGGAGAUGACGACGAUGUGCUCAACGCGCAGAUUGCCGGCCUUGUCACCGCCAUAGCGGGGGCCGUGAUAUUUGUUGCCGGCCUAUGUCGCCUUGGAUUCUUGGACAGUGUCUUGAGCCGACCUUUUCUUCGAGGCUUUAUCAGCGCGAUCGGGUUCGUCAUCUUGGUCGAUCAGUUGAUUCCUGAAUUGGGCCUUUCCGACGUGGCCAAGGCAGAAGGAGGCGUUUCCCACGGGAGCAGUGCUCAGAAACUUGUCUUUCUGGUUAGGAAUAUCGCACACUCUCAUGGCUUGACCGCUGCUGUGUCACUGACAAGCUUUGCUAUCAUCAUGGUCUUUCGGACUCUCAAGCGAACCCUCCAGCCCCGGAUCCAUUGGGUCGCAUACUUCCCGGACCGGUUCAUCGUUGUUGCCCUCUCGGCUGUCUUCGCUUGGGCAUUUUCAUGGGACAAACAAGGCCUUAGGGUCCUUGGCGAGGUCAAGUCAUCCGGCAGCUCAUCCAUUCCGUUCCAAUGGCCCUUCCAAUUCCGGCACAUGAAGGACAUCGACACUGCUCUGAGCACCUCCUUUCUGAUAGCCCUGCUCGGGUUCUUCGAAUCUUCCGUGGCUGCCAAAAGCUUAGGCGAGGGUACUCACGGCUUGCAAGGAAUGACUCUGAGUCCCAACCGCGAAAUGGUCGCGCUCGGUACGGCCAACAUCAUCGGUGGUUGUUUCAAUGCAUUGCCCGCGUUUGGAGGAUACGGCCGAAGUAAAGUCAACGCCUCGACCGGCGGCACCACCCCCAUGAGCAGCAUCAUCCUCAGCUUCAUCACUCUGAUAUGCGUGCUCUACCUUCUCCCUUACUUCUACUACAUUCCACGAGGAGUGCUGUCGGCGAUGAUUUCAGUUGUUGCAUAUUCGUUGAUCGAAGAAUGUCCACACGACAUCAAGUUUUUCAUCAAGAUCAGGGGCUGGACUGAGCUGUUCCUGAUGAGCAUCAUCUUUCUUGCGACAGUCUUCUAUUCUUUGUCUCUGGGUAUCGCCUUGGGUAUUGGUCUUUCAUUGCUACAGCUGAUUCGACAUGCAACGAAACCAAGGAUCCAGAUUCUCGGCAAGAUUCCCGGCACGACCAACCAAUUCGAGAACGCAGAGCUCUCGCCCGACAAUGUCGAGUAUAUCGAGGGAUGCCUGAUCGUCAAGAUCCCCGAACCUCUCACCUUUGCGAACACCGGGGAGCUGAAAACACGACUGCGCCGACUCGAGCAGUACGGCACAAACAAGGCACACCCCUCGCUCCCGCGUGUGAGGUCGGAGGAACACAACAGAAACGUCAUCUUUGAUGUCCACGGCGUCACGUCCGUUGAUGGCUCAGGCACCCAAGUCCUCAAAGAGAUCGUCGAGGACUACGCCAAACGAGGCAUCCGCGUCAUCUUUUGCCGGCUGCCCCAUCGGCGCAGCAAGGUGUUUCUGAGUUUCGAAAGGAGCGGCAUUGUAGACCUUUGCGGGGGCCGGUCGCAUUUUGUGGGCAGUGUGGAGGAAGCACUGCGCUUGUCCGAGGCCGAGGAUUUAGAGCACUUCUUCGACGAACGUCUGAAUAGUCACCAACCUUCGUGA